AUGAGGAAGAAAACCAUUGCUAAAAGGCCUCCUCGUGAAAAGGUGUACAAGCUUCCCUCAAAACCUUCCACUCGCUCCCAAGACCGGACCUUUACCCCAUCUCCUUCUCCUCCUACCUCUCCUCCUCGCACUGUUCCCAUGGCGCGAACCAAGACCACUCCAAGGUUCGCUGCCUCUGCCAAGCCGACGCUACCACCAAAGGCCGCACCUUCCAAGCCUGGCUCCUCAAAACCUAGUUCUGCAAAGCCUAGCUCCUCCAAAGGCAAACGUCCGGUGACUGAAGAACCCAUUCCCGAACCACCACAGCCCAAAUCCAGGUCGGUUCCAGUGCGCUCACAAAGAGGUAACCCUCAUCGCCCUCUCAAAUCUGUUAAAGAACCAGACAUUGGCCCUUUUGAUCACAAAGCUCACUUUUUGACUUCUCAUUCGAACUAUAACCCUUAUAGAUUCAAAUCUGCUAUGAACAAUGACUUUUUUGAAGGGGUUAUCCAGGGGGGUGGUUCAGUGAAACAGAACAAAGGACCCACUAGAACUGAAAGAGUUGUCCUGGAUGAUGAAGAUGAUGAUUUUGUCCUUAAGGAUUCUCCUACUCCUUCAACUGAGGGUACUUCCAUCUCCACUGGAAAGAAAUCUACUCUGCUGAAUGUGGUCAAGGAUGUCGCUCAAGAGUUUGUUUCCCAAUCAAAUCACAUGAUUGCCAUGAGCAAGGAACAAAGGAAGCUAGCUAGCAAGCAUGAGAACUUCCUGAAGAAAUCAAGGGAUAGGGUGGCUGUGCUAAUGACCUUCAUUGAUAACCUUCAAAAUGAUGAAGACAUUAUCACUGAUGUUGAAGAAGAAGAUGCUUCAGAGGGGAAUGGUUCUGAUGCCUAG